GGGUGGUGUGGUUAUCGAAGAUGAAAUAUGACUCUGGCUGUCAUUGAAGAUUUUGGGUUUCUGGUGUUGCUCUGUUGCUGUUUCUCAAGAGCACCCAUCCAAUUGCUCGUUCUACACCUACACACGGGCGACGCAGCCCCGAGGCCUCCCCCACACCAUCACCAUGUCCACCUUCGGUACCACCUUCCGCGUCACGACCUAUGGCGAGUCGCACUGCCGCUCCGUCGGGUGCAUCGUCGACGGCGUGCCGCCCGGCAUGCAGCUGACCGAGGAGGACAUCCAGCCGCACAUGGAUAGGCGGCGGCCGGGCCAGUCGGACAUCACGACUCCCCGCAACGAGGCCGACAAGGUCGAGAUCCAGUCGGGCACCGAGUUCGGCGUCACGCUGGGCACCCCCAUCGGCCUGCGCGUGCUCAACAAGGACCAGCGGCCGCGCGACUACGGCAACAGCACCAUGGACCUGUACCCGCGCCCCAGCCACGCCGACUGGACCUACCUCGAGAAGUACGGCGUCAAGGCCAGCAGCGGCGGCGGCCGCAGCUCAGCCCGCGAGACCAUCGGCCGCGUCGCCGCCGGCGCCAUCGCCGACAAGUACCUGCGCCUGGCCUACGGCGUCGAGAUCACGGCCUUUGUCAGCUCCGUCGGCGGCGCCUUCUUGUUCCCGCCCACGCCCGAGCACCCGACCCCCUGCACCAACCCCGAGUUCCUCUCGCUGCUCCAGACCGUCGACCGCGCCGCCGUCGACGCCCACCUGCCCGUGCGCUGCCCGGACGCGGCCGCGGCCAAGAGGAUGCGCGACCUCAUCGCCGACUUCAGGGACCGCGAGGACAGCAUCGGCGGCACCGUCCACUGCGUCAUCCGCAACGCCCCCGCCGGCCUGGGCGAGCCGUGCUUCGACAAGCUCGAGGCCAUGCUCGCCCACGCCAUGCUCAGCAUCCCCGCCACCAAGGGUUUCGAGAUCGGCUCCGGCUUUGGCGGCUGCCAGAUCCCCGGCUCCAUACACAACGACCCCUUUGUCAAGGCCCCGGCCGACGAAGAUGAGACGGCCGGGCAGCAGCAGCAGCAGCAGUUUGGGCGCACAAAGUCCAAGCUGACCACAAAGACGAACUUCUCAGGCGGUAUCCAGGGCGGCAUCACCAACGGGGCCCCCAUCUAUUUCAGCGUGGCCUUCAAGCCGCCAGCGACCAUCGGUCAGGAGCAGCGGACGGCCACGUACGACGGCGAGUCCGAGGGCGUGCUGGCGGCCAAGGGGAGGCACGACCCCUGCGUCGUGCCGCGGGCUGUGCCCAUCGUCGAGUCCAUGGCGGCCAUCGUGCUCAUGGAUGCCUUGCUCACCCAGCAGGCCAGGCACACGGCGAGGAGCCUCCUGCCGGUCCUGAGCCAGACGGUCCCAGCAGGCCCGCCUGCCGGUAAUGGGGUAUCGGCAGAGGCCGCGAAGCAAUAGUCUGGUGAUGUCUGCAUAAUUCACUUGGGAGGUGCCCGGAAAUGGGUCCUGGGGACCGAGUGGCUUGGUUUGCCUGCUCUCGUCGCUCGAGGGCAAUGGCGGGGCGUUCACAAGGAAUGAAUGGGAUUAGAUGACGAAGACGGGCAAAGAAGAAAAGAAAAGAUGGGAAAUUCCUGUUUGUGAUAGCAAACUUGGACUGAUGUGUGUUUCUGAUAUGGACAGGAUAAUAGAGUCGUUGAUGAAUGCGCCUUGGCUCCAUUUGUGCCCUCGACGUUUUGGUCACCCUUGAAGCCAUCACGGGACCUCGUCAUGCCUGGAGGCUUGCAGCGGGCCUAGACCAUUACGUCACAUCGACUUCUCUUGUCCAAAUCCCGUCAAAUCCAAUUUUAGUUAACUUUGUCGUCGCAGCAGGCGCCGUCAACGAAGGACGUGCGGGGUAACAACGUAUAACAAAUGGUCGAGCCACUUUAGCAUUCCAACCCUUCCUUCCCCAACUCCAUCCCUCCCCAUGCUUCGGUUCAGGUGACCUU